CGGGCCGCGAUGCUGCAGCUGCGGGACGCGGAGGAGGGCGGCCCGGCCGGCAGCCCCGGCAGCCCCGGCGCGGCCGCGAUGCUGGUGCCGGGGGAGGCCGGGGGCAGCGGGGGCCCCGCGCCUUCCUCCCCCGCCGCCGGGCCGCCCCGCCGCACCCUGCGCCCGCUCGCCGUGCGCACCGCAACCCCCGCCGGCCGCCUGCGGGAGUACUUCGUGUUCCGGCCCGGCACCAUCGAGCAGGCGGUGAGCGAGAUCCGCGUGGUCGUGACGCCCACGGAGGACGGGGAGGUGCAGAGCGUCUGGCUGCUGACCGAGAUCGAUCACUGGAACAACGAGAAGGAGCGUCUUGUUCUGAUCACAGAUUGGUCCCUCCUGAUCUGCAAAUACAACUUCAUCAGCCUGCAGUGCCAGCACGUGACAAGGAUUUCUCUCAGUGCAGUUGAUACCAUCUCUGUAGGAGAGUUUCAGUUCCCACCUAAGUCUCUGAACAAGCGAGAGGGCUCCGGGAUCCGAAUCCAGUGGGACAAGCAGAGCAGAGCCUCCUUCCUCAACAGGUGGAACCCCUGGUCCACCAACAUCCCGUACGUCACCUUCACCCAGCACCCCAUGGCAGAUGCUGAUGAGAAGAUUGCCUCCCUCUGCCUACUGGAGAACUUUAAAACCCAGCUAAUUCAAGCUGUGAAGAAGGCCCACAAGGAGUGUCCCCUGCCAGGAAGGGCUGGUGGUGUGCUGGUGCUGGAACGUCCCCUGCUGAUCGAGACCUACCUGGGACUCAUGUCCUUCAUCAACAACGAGGCCAAGCUCGGCUACUCCAUGACCAGAGGCAAAAUUGGAUUAAAAUUCAUUGCCUUUAACCUUUUCAAGGGAAAGUGAUUUGAUAUUGGUCUCCUGGGGAGAGCACAGGGUGUGUCAGGAUUACUUGAUAAUCAAAGUGAAGAAGUUGGGGGAACAGGAGGUGGGUGUAGAGCUCAUGGGAAGCCCUGGUUCCUAUGGCCGGGUCAGAUUAAUCUGAAGCAGACACAAGCUGGUGUCACUCCUGCAUUUUGUAUCUCAUUUUCAGUUCUUAACUGCUUCUUAUGCAGGGCUAGUGAGCAGCAGUAUUUUCCAUGUCUAACUACAUGUUCAUUAAGUGCCAUUGGUAUAUGCUAAGCACACAAAUACCCCAGGUCCAGCCGAAGGAUUGGGCUGUAGAGAUGUCUCUACAGAUGGUGCCAGAUCAUGCAGUGUGCUUGGGACUGAUGGGUGUUGUUUAAAGUGGCAUUUCAGUUACAGUAAUCUUUGCAUUUUGAUUAAUGCCUGUUAAGUUUUGAAAGCUGUGUCAGUUCUGUGGCAGAACAGUCAACAUGUUUUGCUACAGCUGCACCCUUGCCCUGCUCAGUCUGUGUGAACUGAUACUUUGUAAGCUGAAGUUUAUGGAGUUUAUAAAUUUGCAUUUAUUAGCUUGCUGUAAAAAUACCUCCCUCUAAGAACUAACUUCCUAGUUCCUUAUGUCUGUUUUCUUGCUGCAGCCAUAAAGACUUUAAAGAGAAUAUUGCCAAAAGCCUCACAAACAAGUUGGCCUUCAAAGCCAUUAUUUCUAAAACUGAAUUCUAUUUUGAUUAGAUUUAUAUUCUUAGCAAUUUUUCUUUACUCUAGUUUGGGACAGCAGCAGUGCAGGACUUUUUAAUGGAGACAGACAAAACUUUAAGCACUGUAUGUCAACCUUGAUUUCGACAUUCUUCCAUUUAAACAUCCAGAAUUAAAUUCAGAAGCAGCAUAAGAGACACAGUGACUGAAAUUGCUCAUGGGGUUACUCUAACAAGCUUUUUCAUGGUGUGUGACCUUCUAUACCUGCUAUUUUACCAGAGCAUUUAUCUGUGCAACCUCAAUGCUGAACAAGUGCUGUGCUGCAGUGGUGUUUUGUUUUUUAAGCAGGUGUUUUUGAAACUUAAAGCUGAAGUCAUGACAAUGCAACAAGUUGCAUGCCCCUCUCUAUGCAUUUUCUAAGAUGCCUAUUUAAUUUUCAUUAAUCUUGCAGUAAAAUUAAAUCUCAACUCAA